AUGAUGACUAUGAGCUCCAUAUCGGAUUCUUUAGUUCCGCCUGAUCCAUCCAAAUCGGCGUUUUUGGAGUUCGGCGGCCACGGCUACCCCGGACACCAGCAGCCAUCCCCCGGCCUGUCCCACAACCAUUACCCGGUCCACGGGCUGCACGCCGUCGGGCCCUCGCAUCACGAUGGGCCAUUUUCCUCCGGAACAUCAUCAUACGGCCGCCCGCUGGGAUACCCGCCUUAUCACAGUCCAGUGAGUGCGCAUCACCCCGGGGCCUACCUGCCCUAUCAGCACGGUGGCCACGGCGGCGCGCUGGGACACACCAGACUGGAGGAUGGAGGUAAGGAAACACCAGACUAAAACUUUUAUCUUUUCACUUCGUUGUGCAUACAGUUUGAUAUUUAAAAUAGGGGCCUGACUUCUUAUGAUUGAAUACUGACUUCAUUUAUUUCACGCUGCUUAUCUCUUCAGGUUUUUGACCUGCUGUCCAUUUAGCCAACUUGAUUUAAAACAGACGUAAAAAUAAAGACGAGCUUUGUUUGAAAAUUUGGAGAUCAAAACUUGAUUUUUCCCGAAGUCCAUGAAUCAAGAAAGCUCAUUUUCUAUCAUCUGUGGGUCCUCUUGACAAAUACUCCACGGUGAUAUCAGUCAGAGUCAUUUCUAUUGUGCAAACACUCAUAAAACAUCCUUUCUUAGAGAUGCAGCAACGUCCCUGAAAAAUCUUUAAAGGGGUGUAUAAUCUAAAAAACAUGGAAACAAAACCACCGUGAAGCUGAAUAAUUGGAUCCACACUCAGGUCGGCCACAGCGUCAUGUUUGAGGCUGGAUGGAGAGGAGUUUAGGGCCCACUCAGGCUGUGGGGGACUCCACACAAGAAGCAGCCGAACCUGACCUGUGGUGUCCCGCAGCGGCUCUCACAACACAAACUGUCAGGCCAUCAUCUCCCAAAUAACAUCCACCCUGUUUCUGCUGCCAGCACCGCCUGUCUAAACACCCAAAUAUCACAAUAAUAAUAAUAAUGAUAAUAAUAAUAAUAAUAAUAAUAAUAAUAAUAAUAAUUUUCUACUUCUAACCCUUAGGUAGACCUUAAAAUAGGUGUUGUAUUCCAAACGACAUGAGACCCUCUUUAAAAACAGAUACCAUUGUAAAUAAAAGAAGAAACAUUUUCAGACAAAUGCAGCAGAAUUAAGUCUAUAUGUUGAUCAUUUACUUUUAUUAAGUUGAUUUAAGUCCUUUCACUAAAAUUUGCUCACUGCACAGGUUUUUGUUAACAUUUUCAGGCUUCUCCUCUCAGUAUGAAAUAGCCGUGGUGUUUGUGUUUGCUGGUUUAAAUGUCCAUGUUAAAAUGUUAUUAUUCAACAUGGUAGGAUCGAUAGGUUUUAGCCUGUGUGAAAAGACCUGAAAUCCACAUGAAUAAAGCAAAAGACAUUCAUGCUUUCAUGAACUUCUUCAAUACUUUCCCUGUGCAGAAAAGUGCAGAAGACCUUUUGUAUCACUCCAGAGUGGUUAAUGAACCUUCAAAUAUUUUACAUCAACUACUAUAAGUUUUCCAACCUAUGAUGAAUAAUUACAACAAAAAUAAUAAAGAAGAAGGGCCUUAAUUUAUACAUGCAUGUGUCAGCUUGACAGCAGGGAAACAAACACUUUUUUUCUUUCUGUCAUUGAAAGUGGGACUCCUUUCUUUUUCUCCUUUUUCUUAUUUUCUGAUCGUUCCAUUUUGUCUGUUUUUUUAUUUUCACCUAAAUUCUGUACGUAUUAAAAAAAAAAACAGCUGAUUUCUUUUUUGUUGUCUCUAUCCCAGGGUAUCAGCCUAUUAGAAGGCCAAAAUACAAUCACACCCAGUCGCCCAAGUGUACAAAUUCGAAGCGAUAAGCCACUAGAAUUUAGUUUCAAUUACUACUUUUCAGAACAGAGGAAUUACACUUUACUCUGUCGCCAAUACAAAUCUGCCUGAAAAGUGAUGAAAUAUCAUGAAAAUGUUUAAUUUCAACCUGGCUUAUAUGUCUUGUCCUUUCCUUGGCUUAUCUCUUUGGGAUGUUAUAUCAAAUUUAACCAGCUCCUUUGUUUGCUGUAGACUGUGAUGACAACCUAUGAAAUUAAAUUUGUAUUUUUUAAACUGACUUUUUUUCAAUCUUGACUUAAAAAAAUUAGGCAACCCAUUUAGAUGUUACCUUAGUCAGUUGCAGAAAGUGCUUUUCUGGACUUUCAUAUCUUCUGUAUUUUUUAUUAGAUUUGAUUGAGCCUAAUACUCAACGCUCUUUCAGUCAGGUUUCAUUGUUGGACUUACCCUGUAGUUCUGCGUGUCAUUCGUUUGUGCGUAAGUGAAUUUUUUUGGUAAACAUAAUUUGGUUACGAAAUCCUAAAUCUCAGAAAUUUACAGUUUUACAGCGAAGAGAGGGGGUUACAACCUCAAUACAUUGUAUGUGUGUUCUUUGACCAAGAGAGGAAAAUGUAUUUGAGGAAGAAAAAACAGACAUUUCUUCAUAGCUCCAUCUCCAUGGCUCAUUACAACCAAAAACAAUGAACUACCAGCAAACUCGAUUUUAGACCAGUCUUUCGUAAAACUCCUCUCUGCUGUUUCUGCACUCGAGUUCGGUGCUGCUGCUGCAGCUCACUUCCAGGAUCUGAACGUCUUGUGGGGCCUCGGCUUGUCCACAGCUGUUCUCUCCUGCCACUGCAGGCUAUAAACUCAUGUCAUAACAGAGAUCAGCGUGGGCGAACAUACACAGUUGUAUAGCUGUCUGUAAUUUUUUUUUUUUAAAGAGAGGAUGAUGAAGAGGAGGAAAACCCCUCUUGACUGGCCUGCGUGUAAACCCAAACUAGUUUCUGGAGGACAAAGAGGAUUUUUCUUCUACCUGCAUCUGUAUCAUCAUUUUUACUCAUUCGACAGAUUCUCAUUGAAUUGAAUUGAAUUGAACGGUUGGGUUUUAACAUCCUUACAGCCCAGUCAUUUGCACUCGGUGUUGAAAAUGUUAUAACAACAUAUGAGAAACUUAUACGCUGCAAAAAAAUUCUUAAGACGGUUCUGUAAAAUCUUUAAAAAACAUGACAUAUAAAUUCAAAUCAAGAAUGAAUAUGUUUCUGUGCUCUUUUACUACGGUCUUAUUUUAAAUUGAAGGCUUCAUUUUCAUAAUAUUCAAAACAUUUGAAGUAUUUAUAGACAUCAAGAGUGUCCUAAUGGUCAUUGUGUCUGUUAUAUAACAGAACUCAACAUGUUGUUGCCUGUGUAAAAAAGAUGAUAUUCAAAUGGAAUUCAUAAAAGCAGAAGAUAUUUAUACAUUUACAGAUUUAAUGUGCACAUGUCUCCAUCAUGCAGAGAUUCAGUGUCUUGUUAGUAUAAAAUUCUGUCCUCUCUUAUCUCCUUGGUAUUGACAUUCCUCUUCCCCCUCUACCCCCAGACCACGAAAAGCCCACGGCAGUGAUCGAGAACGGCGAGGUGAGGUUGAACGGAAAGGGGAAGAAGAUCAGAAAGCCUCGCACCAUUUACUCCAGCCUGCAGCUCCAGGCUCUCAACCAGCGUUUCCAGCAAACCCAGUACCUCGCCCUGCCUGAAAGGGCAGACCUGGCGGCCAAGCUGGGCCUGACACAGACUCAGGUACUGUGGAUAACAAAGACACAAAGACAUACACACCUUUCCUUUUAACGUCAAACUGCUGGGGUAUUAAAAGAAAUCACAAGAAAGCUUAAAAAGCCUGUAAAAUAAAUAUAAAUGUUCAAAAAUCCUACCCUUUAUAAGGUUUAAACAUAAAUACGAUAUAGGAUAUGUAAUGACAAGAAUCGGAAAUAAUAGGUGUCAGCUUAUUUCUCUUUUUGAAGGUGAACAUUCAGCACCACUUUCAAAACUUCAAAGUAAAUCACAGGCUGUGGGAAUGUCAAAAUCCCUGGAUUAAGAUUAAUGGAGAUGUCACACACAUGCCAAACAUGUUUAUUUAAAUAGAAAACACUGCAACAAAAAAAGUGAAAUCAGAUCUAUUUUCAAACUCAGUCUUUAAUUAAGUCAUUUCUUGGUUUGCGAUGACAAGAAUAGCAUGAAGCACAAACGCGCACGUGUGCAUUCUUGUGAACAAGUGUCAUCGCCUGAUCCUCAAAGUGUAAUUACACGCUGGCACAAGCUCAAAUAAACUUGAACGUCAUGAGAAGUUUAGUCACUCUGAAGGUUGUAGAAAUGAAAUCAGAAUACAAAGAGCAUAAAAAGGUUGAAACAAAACAAGGUGAAACAAAACAAGGUGAAACAAAGCGGUCAGAAACAUACAGCCCAAAUUCCGAGGAGUGACUCUCCUGCGUAGAGACUGCUGUGAACAUGUGUGUUUGUUGUAAGUAGAUGUGUGUGUGCAUGUGUUGGGUGUAACAGUGAGUCUACGUUUAUGAGUCAGCACACAGAGUAAAGACUUGUUUAGCCAUGGGUCAUCUUCCUUUUUGUGUGAAUGUUUUGUUUCUCCCAGAGCAGAUUCACACGCAGGCAGAUAAAACCAGACGAGGCGAAUAAAAGCCCAAUGGCGGCCAUUUUAUCAGUCACAUAAAAGCAGUCUCAGUGUGUGAAGUCAACAUGUCUGAGCCGGCCGUUCGGCCUCUUUGAUCAGUAUUUUUGUGAGAUAAGAUUUUUAAACAAUUAAGGACAUUUUUUCCUUUGAAUAAAUGUUUAGUUGGUCACACUCCAUUUGCGUUGGAUGACAGCAUUUCACUACCGUUUUGAGAGGUUGAUUAUUGAACAUUACUGCUCCUCUCAACAAUGCAUUUUGACAAAAUUCCCCAAAUGAGCAUGACAGAUAGUGGUAUUCCCCUUUUUUUUGUUAUUUAAAAGCAUGUGUGGAUUGAAAAGAGCAAUUUGGACAACUUUAAACAGGCAUUGGUUGUUUGAAGAAAAGCUUAUGGAUUAUAAACUAAAAAUUAAGACAAACAAAUUACAUAUUUGAAGCUUUCUUGCCUGUUUUGACGAAGUUAUUAGCAGACAAGUAUGAGUUUGAUAUAUUAAAAGUCCAGCGAUUAGGAAUUGAAUUGAUCUUUGUGAGCUACAGUAGGUAUCUGUCAAUCCAGUGUCACAGUAACAUUCAGCCUGAGCAUACAGUUCAGAGUCUCUGCUUUGUAGGUUGAACUUCACCAAUCAUGUCAUCUCCCCUCAUCUCAGGUUGAGUCUAUGAAAUUAGAUUUUAUGAAGAAAAAUAGUGCUAUUUGAUAUCCUUAAUGUGAUGCCUGCAACACAUUUGUAAAAAGUUGGUACAUAGAACUCAAAAGACUGAAAAAGCUGUGUGAUCCCAAGAUAAAUAACUUGGAGGUUUAUCGUCCAACUAGUUUGGCUUUUAGGAAUGGACAAGGAAAAAGCUCAGCAAUUUAAGAAUCAUGGCAAAUAAAAUGCAAAGAAUUUGUGGAUUUUAUCGCUUGCGGUACAUAAUAUAAUUAAAAGAUUAAGAGAAUCUGGAGAAAUCUCAGAACAUAGGAGACAGGGUCAGUAAUGGGUACUGUAUGGCUGUGAUCUUUGGGCUCUCAGUCAGGCAGCAUUGCAUUAUAAAACAGGCAUGACUCUGUAGUGGAAAUCACUGCAUGGACUCAGAAUUAUACCUAAAAAAAAGCCAUUGUGCUUACAGGUUGUGUUGGUUAAAACUGUAACGUGAAAGAAGAAACUAGAAAUCAACAUGUUCCAGUUACUUCUUCAUCUCAGUCCAUUUCAGAUUGACUGAAGCAUCUGAGUUCUCUGCUCUUAAGGCUUCUUCAGUGCACAGUUUAAAACCUAGCAUUGUGGUACGAGGAUGCCCAUGGCAUGGCUAGCUUACACAUCCAGGAAGACUCUUUUAAUGCUAAACAACAUGAACAGGUUUUUGCACAACAUUUACUGAAAUCCAGACUUGCCUUUUUCAGGGAAGACCUUUGUAUAUUUAAAAAAAAACAAUGUCUGCCCAUAUUACAACAACAUGGCUCUGUAGUAGAAGAGUCCUGCUGCUAAACUGGCCUCCCUGCAGUCAUGACUUGUCGCCCAUUGAAACUGGCACAUAUGACUCAAAAAAGUAUGACAAAGGAGACCUUUAACUGUUGGGGAAAAAAUCCUAUAUCAGGCACAAAUGGGUCAACAUUACCCUUAACAAACAAUAAUGAUGUAAUAGUAAACAUGCUCCAACUCUUAUGAAAUGAAUUGCUGGUAUUAGAUUUUAAAUGAGCACAUAUCUUUUAUAAAAAAAUAACAUUUUUCAGGUUCAACUUAAGAUUUUCUUCGUUUUUUCGUCUUUGCAUCAUUUUCAAUCAAACAUGGACUCUAAAUGAUUUGUAAAGCACUUCACACAGCAUCCCAACACUUAUUUAACUGAACUUUGAAUCUUAAUGUUAAUGUUUUUUUCUUUAUCUGGAACCUCAUAUUUUAAGAGGGUGUAGUUAUUGUUUUGAAUGAAGAACAAUCCUGGUUUUCACCAAGUUAGUUUUGUUCAGAACUGCUUGUUGAAACACAAACCCUUUUCUUCACAUGUGACACACGUCACAUCCAUAUUCCAAAUUUAGGUACAUGUCUUAGCGGGUUGUUGUGUCACAGUGAGAAGCCUUUAUAAGUCAGAGCUGCUAUCAUGACAGUGGUUUUGAUCAUUGUUAUUCUCAAUGUGGCAGCAGGAGAGCAACACAAAGGAGAGUCUUAAUGCCAGGAAGUUAAAGGGAACUUUUUUUUUUACAGUAAUGCCUGUAUGAAAAGUACACAGAUGUUCAAAAAGACUUUUAAAGUGGACGUUUGAAGACUGAGCGGGUGUCUCACAUGGGAAUCACACAAUAGGUUUGAUAUUGGUUGGCUCAUGUGUGAGUGACCUGCGUGGCUGACUGAGUAAGCAGUCGUUAGAUGAACUGUCCUAAUCCCAUAUAGAUCAUCCAGAGAGAGAUGUUUACACUGGGAGUAAAAGAUGAUCUGUUGGUUUACUUUGGCCUUCUGUAGAGGCAGUGUGGAUUUAAAUGUGGUCUGCUUUAAGUAAUACUCACAUCCAUGAUUACAUAAGAACCACUUUCUUAAGUCUCCGUGUGUUUGUGUGUGUAUUGUUAAAGUUGUUCUGAACAGGUUAAGUUGGCUCUGCCUGAGAUUAUGUUCUUUACAGCGAUGCACAGCGAGUGAGACUGAAGACUGAAGAGAUCAAGGAGAGUCUCCACUUCAGUUUGUGGAGCUCAGCAGAUAAUGACUCUGGCUCCUUUUUACACCAACUGCCCCUUUACUGUAAACGUCAUGACUUUUUGCAGACAAGUAAGAGUCAUAGAUGGAUUUUUUUUUUUUAAACAGCAAAACUACAGAGAGGUUUGCCAGUUAGAAAUGUCAUGAGUGGUUACUCAGCAAAGCUACAUUUCCAUCUGUAAACUCUUAUUUCCCACAUGGUAUAUAGUUACCUUGGCAACAGUUGUGGUACCUUGUGCUUUUUGUAGGGGUGAGAGAAAAAAUCAGUACAGCAUAGUAUAGCAAUAUUUUGUCUGGUGAUAAAUCGAAUCAUCACAUUUACAGAGUAUCGAUUUUUUAAAAUUAAUUCCUAAUAUGAAGUCAAAUCUAUGAUAAUGGGAAAAUAAAAUCCAUUUGUUUGUCAGGUGAGGUUGGCAGAGGUGACAUCCUAGAGCAGGAGAAAGUUAGUGCAACAAACAUGGCAGCACCUGGGGAAAGACAUUAGGAAUGCAAGUAGGGUACAAAUGAGAUGGACCUGACACAUGAGGUUUGCAAGAUGUGCCACAUGAAAAUAAAAUACAGUGUAAAUAAGACAAACAUAAAGGAUAUCCAAAUGCUAAAUUAGCUAAACCGUUGAAAAAAGUAAAAAGCAGUAAUAUAGUAUUGUGGCCCAAGUAUCGUGAUGAUAUCGUAUGGUGGGGCCACUAGUGAUUCCCACCCCUGCUAUAUACUUUGUUUUGCACUUUAUUUUCAACAUACUUUUCAUACUGUUUAGUAACAUGAAGCACUUAUGCAGUCAAAUGAAAUGGUAUUUGUUGUUUGAAACAAGGUUUUGACUCAGUUUGUCCUUGGAUCAGUAUCCUUGUUUACAGCAACUUGUGUUUUUGACUGGUUAACAAUGUUGAAUACCAUGAUAUAUUAUCAAUAUAUUUGAUAUGUCUUGUAUCAUGAGGUCCUUGCAAAUAUACAGCCGUAAUGUAUUGUAUUGUAUGGUAUGGAAUCAUAUUGUAUCGAAUCGUAUUGUAUCGUGAUACGUGUCGUAUUGUGAGGUCCUUGCCAAUAUCCACCCCUAGCUUUUUGUAGUUCAUUCUUGACCACUGUAUUAGGAAUGGAAGUUAAAAUGCUACAAACCAUUGACUGGUCACUCAAAAUCACCAUCUAUAUCUUUAACAGCUUUUGGCACUUACUUGCACAGAUUUCCAAAGUGUGAAACUGUGACCAAAGUCAACUCUGAAGUGCAGGGCAGCCCUUUGUUUUUCCAAAUGACGGGACGCCACAGUAGCAUCACCCCGCAUUAAUUAACUGAAUUUAGGAGGACAAUCUACAGUACAGAACUGAGCGAACUCAAAUUCUCGGUCAGUAGAGCCAGGAAGGUUAGAACAAAGCAAAACUCUGCAGUAAAAUAUGAGGCUUAUCUAUCCAACCACAUACCUGAUAUGCUGUGAGCAUAAAUAUUCAUGGCUGGACUUAAGUCUGCACAAACACACAAUCGCAUAUCCCUGCAUCUACUCGAAUGUAUGUAGCCUAUGAGCGUUUUCACACACAUGCAGACACAAACGUAAACACACAUUUGAAGAUAGCGAUCAUACACCACAUCUCUAUCCCGCCUCCAUGUCAUUAGGCUGGCAGCCAACCGCUGACCACUUUCCAUCUGAAAUCUCUAAUGUUCCCAGACGCAGCUGACAAAUGGCACGUAGCACAGUCCUUACAUUUUUCCAUGAAACACUAACUUCUCUUUCUCUCAUGCCCACACACAAACAAAACACACACACCUAAAAAAAAAUAUUCUUUGCAGCUCUUUUUUCAUCAAAAUUGUAGUAAUUAUUUGUCAAUGUGUGGAAAGGUUUGGCUUGAUUUUUAUUUAAAUGUGACACACCCACUUUGUGGCACCUGGCAUGCCUCUUCGCCACCCUCCUCUGCUAAUGUUGGUGUUAUUAGUCGCGCUUUCAGAGAGGCUGUCAGCUAAGUGUUGAUGCUGGAAUAUGAAACCAAUAAUUACAGCAGCGGUCCUCUUACUGAGGCUGCAUUAACUUAACAUGCUGCUGAUUGACUCCUGGACUCGUAAGCUAUGCUGAAAAUAAUAACUUAGGGUUAUCAUCAGUGAGCUACCACUGGCGAGUAAUGCACAAGGUUAUAUCAUGUUACUUGUCACUGUAGUUGUAAUUACAUUAAUCUAUGUGUUUUUGUGAAAGGUGAACUUUUAAUGUCGCCUCAUCCCUGAGAUUUUAGAUCUGAUCUUUUCACUGAAGAACUUUAUCGUUAAAAAUGUUGGAGGGGGACUGAGAAUGCAAAAUGCUUCAUCUAGCACAUUUCUGCAUCAUUAUAUGGUGUCAUUAUUGUUGCAUUAAAGGAAUAUAAAGUGACAGCUUAUUUUUUAUUUGUUAUAAUUCCUUGGAGGCUGUGGUUGACGUCAUUAGAUAUUCAGGAACAAUAGAAAUCAAAUUUAUGUCGACUUUGCUCUUAAAUGGCUAUUUCAACUGUUAGAGCGGGGUGUGAAAAUUGGCUAAUUUUUUUACUAUCGAGAUGGGGAUCAUUUUUUCCAACACAUAUUUAGAAGCAAUUAGAUCAGUCUGAAAUUAGAUUUUAUAAGAAACCAGAUUUCUUCCAAAACCACUUCAACCAUCUUCAUAAAUACCAAUAAAAUUCUCCUGCAAGAUUUCAUAGGACUGUCGGUGUUGAGGGAAAAACAGUUUGGAGUGCCAAGAGUGUUUUCCGUCUCUCUUCCUUUGCCUUUAAUCCUCUCUCUCUCUCUCUCUCUCUCUCUCUCUCUCUCUCUCUUUCUCCUCUGAGCUCUCUUUUUCCCUCACUCUGUGCAGCCGAAACCUUUGGGCGUUUAUUUGAGCUUUACAGCACAGUUAAAACCAGUUUGAGACACAAGUAUCCAUCACUGACUGUGCACAAUUAUUUAUGAUUCAUUUGUUCCUGCUAAGCUGACAGGCUGCCCCAGAGGCAUAUUCGUGUAAUUUGAUGCUCAAUUUGCAAGCAUGCUGGAAAACAGAGGACAUGCCAGUUAUAUCAACAACACAACUAAAUAAUCUGUAACCACAGACAAUGAUUGAAGGGAUAUUCAGUUCAAUAUUGUGACAUCUUCUAACAGUGUUAUGUUUUUCAUAUUCACACAUGGAUAAAAUUCCUACCACCUGGCUCCUGACUCAUUUUAAGUAUUUAUAACUUUAAUCAAACCUCUCAUAUGGUAAAGCAUCACCACCAGAUUCACUGAACUGUUUCCUGCCACCUGAACACCUGAAGGGCUAUCAAUAUGUUUGUAAGAACCACCGUCUGUCAUACUGGAUGGAUGUAAUGCUAUCCUGAGUAUCUGUGUAUUAUUAGUAUUAUUAUAUCAUUGCUUAAUCAUUUCUACAGGGGCAAUGAGGUAGACCGUGCUCCACUGAUAUUGUGUUGGCACACCUUCUCUAAUUAUAUUUCUGCAUGUUAUAAUUAUUUUACAAUCCCUUGUUUAUUUUGAAUGCUACAUCGUUGCCUAAUUAUGGGUUACUUUAUUGGAUUAUUUGUUUGAAUGAUUUUUCAAAGAGGCGUGUUAACAGUUAGCUUACUAUGUCUGUGUUUUUUUAUUUAUUCAUUUAUUUAUUUUUAUCUAUAUAUACAUAUACAUACAUAUACAUAUAUGUAUAUGUACUGUGUAUAUUUGGUAAAACCGCAGUUCCCUCAAAGUUGGGACACUGUGUGAAAUAUUAAUGUAAUCAGAUUUUAAUGUUUUGCAAACUAUUGAAACCCUAUAUUUCAUUUAAAAUACCAAAUGUUGAAACUAAAAAUAUUAUUGUUCAAUAGAAAAAAUUAUGUCAUUUAAAAAUUGAUGCCAUUUGUAAAAACGGGUAUGUUUACCGCUGUGUUGCAUCUUUGCUGCUUGAACAUUUAAAGUUUUGGACGUUUAAAAAUUUAGGAGAGAAAUCUUGUUCAAUUUUUCAAGACUUCAGCUGCUCAACAGAUCUAGGUCUCCUUUGUAGUGUUUUUCUUUUUAUGAUAGGCCAAAUGGUUUAAUUGAGUGAGAAGCUGAAACUGCACACAGGCCUCAUUAGCACCCAACUCUUCUAUUAUGGGAGCAUUUAUAAAAGUUCUUACACUGAAAAAGUAAUUGUCUGGGUGGCAGCAUGUGUCACUCCUAAACCUGUAUAUGUUGUUCGGCAUUAAUGGGGUCUUCACAGAUGUGAGCGUGAUCCAUGACAUGAACACUAAUACAUCCCCAAAUAAUCAGGGAUGCUGGCUUUUGAAAUGUCUGCUGAUAACAAUCCGGGUGGUUUCUCUCCUCUUUAGAAAAGAGGACCUUCAUGUUAAACAUGAUUUCUAAAAUGAGUUACACAUUUUUACUCUCCAGACAAUGAGGCAGAGGAAAGAUAGGUCAGAAUUUAAAAUGAGAAUCUGUCAUUUUUCAUUAAACAUUCACAUUUCUAGUUUCAGCAUCUGAAAUGUUGUCACUGCAUUGUUUCUAAUUAGAUAUAACGCAAAAAUAUCAUCUUAUUGUCUUUUUAUUUAGUUUUUAAAGGUACUGUGAGGAAUUUUUGACUGGUUGAAAAGCCUGUUAUCCCUCUUUAUGAACUUCAAAAACAAAUAGGACUAUCAGAAACAAGUCUGAUCAGUUCUGUGUUGUCAUUUUUAAUGCUUUAAACAGCUGUAAGGGGGUAGGUAUCAGACCAAAUGAUUGAAAAAACAGCCUUUCUUAAAUGUCGAGACAGAAAAUACUCAUGUAAGUUGAUAGGUUUUGUAGUUAAAGGUUUUUGUGUAAAAACACAACUUUGAGAUGUAUAAGAUGAUAAUGAAAAGGUAUCAAUUUGUCCACAGGGGGCACCAAUAUCUAUACAACCAAAAGUUCCUCUAAGUGGCUUUAAACUAGAGCUAUAGUUAUGAUCUUGAUUCACUCACUACACCUUGGGCUGACAGUUUCGUGAAUGUUAGCUAAUAGCUUCAAUAAGUGUCUUUGUCCUAAUCUAGAUGACUUCACUCUUUUUUCAGCUCCUCUGUUGAAGUUUUUAAAACUGAAAAUGUGUUUACAUUCGUAUUGUAAAUCUUUUACUAAAUGUUUUAGGAUUCAGCUUUUUAGGCUGCCAGUGUGGACCAAACUAAAUAGUCAGUCAUGAUAGCAGGUAAAAGCCUGUUUUUAACAGCAAAACAGUUUUGGUCUGAUAAGCUUAUGGCUCCCAAGGCACAGACAGUGAUUUUUUUUUAAUGCAUUUGUUUUUUAAGUUAUUAAGGUCACAAGAUCGGCAAAUCUUAGGCAUGACUGACCUGACUGAUGGACAGGCACACUAGCAAUUUUUGAGGAGGCUGAAUGCCCAUCUCUGGUAGGCUGACCAAAAUUUAGGCCAAGUCAGCAUUACCAAUAUGGUUACUGGCGCUGAUAGGCUUCAAGACGCCGCCUCAAAAACAAACAUCUGUCACCACUAAUGGUACAUCCAGUUAUUUUACUGUCUAUGUGCAGAACAGACUGAAGGAUGUGGGACACUGGCAACUUUUCUUUUUGAGACUGAAAAAAAAAAACACUGGUGGCAUCAGCAAAAACUGUUGGUAGAUCAUAAGAAUAGCAGCAAAGGCUAACGAACCAAACCAAGACUUGAGAACUGGUAGUGCUAGCUGAUGACAAUGACAAAGACUUGACAAAGCCAAUCAUGAGUUAACAAAAGUGUAAGAGACUCUGAAACCAGUAAUGUUAGACAAUUAUUAGCAUACACUUAAGGAACCAGUUAUAUAAGAAACAUUUUGUGAGAGACUAAAGAGCAGGUACAAACCUAUCAUCUAACAUCUCUGGCAGAGAUUUGAAACGGGUUAUGUUAGCUACAAUUUUACAAACGCACAAGACUCAGUUAUAUAAACCAACAACUGUCAGGGACCAAUGAGCUGGUAAUAUUAACGAAGACUUAUGGCAGAGGUUUUAAACUGAUUAGCUAUUUUAGCGACAGUUUUAUUAGUUACUUUAGAGCCUGUAAAACUAGCUAGUCACUAGCUAGAAGUCAGCGUAUCUAAAAAGUAAAGGGGAUAUGGGGUGGCAAGGUAUAAUCAGUAGGUCAAAUUUGUUGAUCAAAGGAAUUGGUAACACUCCACAAUAACCAUAAUUUAUAAUUGGUAAAUAGAUAGUUUAUUAAUUUUUAAUCAUUAUUUAAAAACAGCAUAUAGACCAAUUAUAAAUGGUAAUAGAUAGUUUAUUAAUGUAAGUUAAAAGUUACUUCUCCAUUGACUAGCAAUGAAAUUAUGAUUAAUAAUUUUCAUUAAUUAUUAACAGACUAUUUAUUAAAGGUUUAUAUAGGGUUUAAAUAUUAGUUGUAAAACAUCUAGAUUAAAAUGUGUGUCAGUAGCACUUUGUAGAUGGUUAAUAUUUGUUUUUAAACCAUCUAUAAACAUUACUUAGAUGGUUAUUGUAAAGUUGCAACUGAUGUUUGUAAUACUUUGUAAAUGAUUAAUGAGUGGUUUGUAAACCACCUACAAACAUUACUUAGAUGGUUAUUGGAAAGUUAGGUUUAAGUUUGUAAAAGUUACAAUUUAUUAAUGGUCUAUAUGCUAUUUAUAAAUGGUGAUUAACCAUUAAUAAACUAUCUGCUUACCAUUUAUAAAUGGUCUAUUUACCAUUUAUAAGUUAUGGUUACUGUAAAGUGUUACCCAGGAUCUUUCUAGAUACAAGCAGAUAAGAAAUUAUGACUCAUGUAUGACAAAUAUUAUCAUGGGAGUCUGCACUUACCUUCACUCUGAGCUGCUUUAAUCUCACUGUUGACAAAACUCCUGCAGAAGUAUCUUGGCUGUUGUGGGGAUUAACUUUUAAUUCAUUAACUCUUACCUUCUUGUCUUCAGGUCAAAAUAUGGUUCCAGAACAAACGAUCCAAAUACAAGAAGAUCAUGAAGAAUGGGCCCUGCGGACCCGAGGGAGACCACCUCGCCCCCCCAGCGCCGUCCUCCUCCUCUCCGUGCUCUCUGUGGGACAUCAGCAUGGCUGCAAAAGGCGCACCAGUGCACUCUGGAGGAUACAUGAACAAUUUUGCUCACUGGUACCCUGGACACCAGCAGGACUCCAUGCCGAGAACUCAGAUGAUGUGA